ACUAACUUAAAUUCAAAGUUUUACAAACUGUUAGUGAAUUGUAACCGUUCUUUGAACAAAAUACGAUAUUUUGGCCAAAGUUUUAAUAUAAAUAUAAAACGUUGACAUACAUUUUACUCGAACGAUGGCGAACUCCUGUUGUAUCGAUGAAAUCCUGAAACAACUGUGUGAUAAGUUACAAUAUCUCGAAUCUGCAACGAUGUUACAUAAAAUUAAACACGAAAUAAAGGACGAGCUCUUGGAGAUGUAUGAGCAAAUCUCGGACAUAUCUGAUGACAUUGAUGUAUUAAGGAAACAAUUGCACAAAAUCAGCGAACAAAAUAAGGAAUGUCAAGAAUUAUUGUUGCUGAUACAAAAUUUGGAUGAUAAAAUUGUCCAUAUGGAACAGAAUGUUCCACCUACAUUGAUACAUGAUUUCCAUCAUUCUGAGAAUGAAUUGAACCAUGUUUUGAAAGAAAUAUUAGCAUUACAUUACGAUGAAGAAAUAUCAGUAGAUAAUAAGAGUGAUACAGAUACAGAUACAAAGAAACAAACGGAGGCACGAAUAAAAGACUGCAAGAAAAUUUUGUUUGACGAGCCUGUUGUUUACCCAAGAAUAGAUUUAAUAACCAAAAAUGAAUUCGAUAGUAUUCCAAAGUAUAUUAUUGGAAGACAGUCUCUAGAAACACUGAACAAUCUGGUAGAUGCCAUUAAUCAGGUUUUGAAAGCAAAAUAUACACUGUUGUCAAUGGGGAAAGCACAAGUUAGAAAGCAAGGCAAUAUGAAUCUUUAUCUUCAUUAUAAGGAACAAGAUUUAGAUAUUUGUAAUGGAAAUGAUUAUGUGUAUUUCUUCACCAAAGAAGAUUAUGAAACGCACAUGAAAGUGAAACUUAACAAGAUCAAGUUAAACUUAAUAACUGUUUUAAGACAUUGUAAAAGAUUAAGAGAAUAUAGAGUAAAGAAUGAUCUAAGAUAUAUUGUAGUAACAGAAUAAUGGGCACUGUUCUCCAAAGAAGUUUGUGCGAAUUCAAUUUAAAUAUUUAUUGUAAUUAUAUUUUUUAAUGUAAAAUAUGUUAAGACAUAAUUUGUAAUGAAAAGA